GGGCUUGGUGGAGACUUUCAAGCACUUCUUCAACCGAGGCCACAACGGCCGUGUCACCUGCGUGGAUGCUUCAGCGGCAGCAGACUUCAUCGUCAGCGGGGGCGUGGACUACACCGUGAGGGUAUGGAAGUACGACAUCGUCCAUUCCUCCUACGAUCUCUUUGCCAUCCUGGAGCAAACCCCGCCGGUGCCGCUCAAGGCCGUGCUCUGCCUCCUCGAUGCAGCCUAUGAGUUGGGUGACGAGCGGCCCAUUCCUCAUGCAGCAUUGGCGGAUGUGCUGCGAGUGUCCCAGAUGUUUCAAGUCCGUCAACUCGAAGAGAAAGCAGUGAAGUCGUUGGCAAUGGAGAUCACAAGUGAGAAUUUCCUUGAGCGCCUCGACCUCUGCGUGGAAUUCAACUUGAUUUUCCUCUACGAGCGGAUCCUGCGCCAUCUGCACAAGCAGGGGAAGCUCCUGGAGGUGUGCAGGUGCGAGGAGAUCGUCUGCUACCCGCGGCUGAUGCAGCACAUGGUUCUGUACCUCUCCACGCACGACUUGAAGUGA